CCCAAAACAACGUUCUGUCAUGGAGAACAUAGUUAUAGAUACCACUAGGAUUGAUGCCACUGCUACAUUGCAUGACGAUUUGAAACCAUGCGACGGUUAUGAUUCGAGCAGUGAAAAUGAGUCAAUUGAUUUAAAUGAUCUUAUUGAUUCAGCUGAACAAGCUAUGAUUGCAAUCAAAGAAAACCAAGUCAAUAGAACCAAAGAUGGUUUUGUUACUGAACCGUUUCAGGCUGCUGCUUUAUCGUUGGUCGAAAUACACUCUUCCGUUAUCAACAUAGAAUUUUCCAGUGUUAGGUCAGACAUGUUUAAAAGAUUCACUCAACAUUCAAUAGAGUAUCAAACUGUUGACAUUUUUUGUAAAAUUUGUGCUGAAAUAUUGAAAUCUGGAGAACGUAUAAAAUAUCCUGGAACAAACACAAAAUGCACUGGACUCUUAGUUAAAAUGUUGGAAUAUUUGGUGAAUUGUUCUGAUGACAACUGUAAACUGAGUGGCAUUGUUGCGCAGGAAAAAUCCUUUCUUAGCAUAGCGACUGAUAAGCUACUAGAAUGGAAAGAUAUUCGUUUUGGUGAUGACAUGGACCUGAAGUCAGAAGAAGGAGGAAAGAUUCUGGAAAUGCUCUGUACUAUAUUACAUAAUAUUUCCAUGUUUGAGGACUCUGUUCUAAACGUUCGAGAUGUGAAUUGUAUUGAAGCAAUGAAACCACAUCUGGAUUCGAAAGACAACAUAAUUCGACUGUUAUGCUUAGCAACCCUCGCUGAUCUUGUGAACGAGUCUGAAUGUGAAAUCUUAAAAAGCAAUGAUGACGUCAUUAAGUUUUUAAUGACGACUAUUUCAAAUGCUAUGGAACUAAGAACUUAUGACGGCUGGUCCUUAAAAGAAUUAGCUAGAAGUACGUACAUUUGAUUCUAAUUUAAUUCAAAUACUAACUUUAAUGUUGAAAUAGACAAACCUAGAAACAUGUAUUCAAUCAUCUUAAUAUAAGGGCACGACCGUAGGAAUGUAGUAGGAGAGGGAAGGAGGAUUUUUUGCGGUUGUUCAGCAUGUUGCAAGAAAUGAUAACAAUAAAAGAAUUGUUGUACAGCAUGAUGCAGUUCCACUGCUUGUGGAAAUCAUUGACAGUGGAAACAACGAGGAACAAUGUGAGGCCGUUUUGGCUAUCUGGCAGUUAUCGUUUGAUAAAGAAAACAAAGCAGACAUGAUCAAAAAGAAAGAAUGGAAGGUGGAAGAGACAUUGAAUAGAUUGUUUCAAUCAUCAAAUAAAAUAGUUAAAACGAUUAGCAGGACUUUAUGGACAAUCAAAGAUAACCAACACAGCUGUAAAUAUACAAUUAUGUUGUUAAUUAUUUUUAGAAAAUUAGAAUAUUUGACAAACCAAACCCAUCAUUAUUUGUGAUUAUUCUGUACAAUUUUUGUAUAAGGUUGGAUUUUCAUAUUUUUGUUGUCUCGAACAUGUGCAGUACACGCAAUUUAUAAAUCUGCAGUUGGAUUUAUACAUUCUAUAUGGUAUAACUAAGCAGGUAAAUCAAUACUUCUUCACCAACAUAGAAACAUAUUCUAUUAUGGAAAUUUUGUCAUAUGCAAAAAUUUGUUCAAAUAAAUGAGUGUAUCUCCUUCAUGCAUAACCCUGAUUCCUCGUCUGAUUUGGUCGUACUUUUCCGUCAUAUACGGUUAUACCAGCUCUUUUAAGUUUGAUGAAGGUUUAUAUUUUCGAUGCUCUUUGCUUCUCGAGCAUAACUGAAGACACUUUAAUUGUCUAAGUAACAAACUGGCGUAGGAAAAUCUUUAAUGUUAGAUUUAUAUUUACACGAGUGAAACAAGUAUUUUUCUAAUGAGAUGGGGCUAUUUAAUGAAAUUAAAGUUGUUUAAGGCAAAGUAUACGUAAUUGGGCCAUAUUUCGAAUUUGAUGAAAAUUUGUAUGCAUUUAAAAUUCAUUGAACAGCAAUCUGAUUAAGAUACAUAUCCUGUGUCUCAGCUUUGCUUACAAUGUUCCGGAAGUAAAACGAAGUGUUUGCAGAUCCUUUUAAUCCUUUUAAGCAAAUCUGUAAUAUAAUCAGAUUGAUUAAACUGCAUUUGAAUAUUGGAAAGCUUAUAUAAUGCAGUAUUUAUAAAAUUUUGUGAAAUAUAUUUUAAUUAAUGAACGGAAGGUAUGUGAAAAGCGGAGAAAAAUAUUUUUCACUCACAAUUGCAACUUCUCAAAAAUCCCUCGACCGAAUUUUGUUGAAAAAGAAUGUUUCAUUGCGCAAUGUUGCUAUAAUUUUUCCUACACUUGUACUUGAAUACAUUAGGGUGUAUUUGAAAGAACAAGGGGUCGCUCAAUUCGUUUUUGCAGUUCUAAGCAUUGAGGUAUGUGAAAAAAAAACAUGAACAAUACUAUUUCUCACGCUACAUAUCGAUGUUAAUUAAUUUUAAAUGUAAAAUAACGAAUCGGGUCACCCCGUACAUUUUCAUAGCAGUAAAACGAAUACUUUACAGCAAUGUAUUCCCAUUUUUAAUAGAGAAACAAAGAAUACGGUGUAUCCAUCCAUGACAUAUAAUCAGUACAUGCACAGAAAAAGAACACACAAAAAGCAAAGGAACAGCGCUACUAUUGCUAUUUUUCAUCUAAAACACAACACAGAGCAAAAAAAAAGUUUAAGACGAUCCCUAGCACCAGUUUGAGUGGAGUUCUUUGCAAAAAAAUUCGGAUAGACUUUGUAAGAUGUAACAUCACCAAUUCGGGCCCGGUCAAAAACAACAAAAACAACAUACUGGAAAGUAGUACAUAUUUAAAACAAACAAAAAACAACAUUCUGGCGACGAAUUUAAAAACAAAUCUAAAGUAAAAACCUUCAUAUUCAACAGUGCUGGUUUCGUACAAUCUGUACAUUUAUAGAGCUUUUUAAUAAAUUUUCAAUUUAUUAUAUCUCUGCUCAAUAACGUACAUGUAUACGAACUCUUUGUCUUAAUAAACGCCUCAGGUUGUUUUUUUACGCAACACAAACUGUGAAAAUCUUUAACUUAAUUCAUUAUCAAUUUGUAUCUUUUUUGUUGUUGUAAUUUCUCUUAUCUAUUUCAAAUGCAAAUGGAAGAUGGUAUGAACUACGGAACAUUUACAGGAAGUGACAAAAGGCACAUAAUGAUUAGUUAUAACUCUGGACAUCAGGACGUGGUACUACAAAUACGUGAUAGUUUAGAAAACAUUUCAAUCAGAAUGGAUGGACAAAUAUGAUAUGUAUGGUUGGACAGACGAGGCUAUGGCUAAAGCUGUUGAGCAGGCAGAUAUUGUGCUUGUCUGUUUUUCAUCUAAAUACAGGAACAGUCCUUAUUGUAGAGCGGAGGCAGGAUAUGCAUUUGAUUUGGGGAAAACGAUAAUACCAUUAAAAAUGGAAAUGGAUUACAAGCCUGAUGGUUGGUUAGGUUUGAUAAUUAGUUCCAAAAAGUAUUAUGACUUUGGUGGGAAAUAUACUUUUGGUGAAAAAGUAAAUGAAUUAAUUCGAGCAAUCCAGACCAAUUUGAGAACAAAACAUAAAGAGACAGUAGAAGCAUCAGACCAUAUCACUCGAUCAGACAUGGAGGUUGCAACGAAAAUUGUAAAGUCAACGAUACAACAACCCCAUCGUCAAAACAGUGUUAAAAUCUCCGAGUUACCAUUUAUGCAGAUAUGCAUCUGCCUGUCUUUAACACUGUUACUGUUCAUUUGUAUGUUGAUAACUGUUUGUGGCUAUAGUUCUUCAAUUAAAGUAUGUUCCUACAAAGAAUGUGACCAUACUUCGCAAACAGCGGUACCUGAUAACUCAGGUGAAAAACCUAAGGUAGGCCAGAAUAAUGAAAUUGAUAAUACGAUGAAUUGGACACUUUCUCAAGUAGAAAAAUGGCUGAAUGAUAAGGUUUUUCAGAAGGAUAUGUUUUUAUCCAAACAAAGACAGUUGAAGGCUUUGAGAGGAAAAGACGUUGCAUUUCUCAAGCUGCUUGUUCAUGAGUGUCCAAAUACUUUCUAUCAAACAAUCAGGGAACAGUUGGGGAUAAAAGAUGUUCAAUCAAUGUCCGAUUUCCGAUUCGCUUUGGAAGACAUUGAUCAUGUUGAUACUGAUCUACAUUCCUCUUCGAAACAGGUUAUAAGUACCAGAACAGUUGAAACAACAAAAGUACGCUUAACUAUAUAGUUCUAUAUUAUGUACUUCAUAACUACGUCCGUGCUUACCAUCACAAAUGUACUCCGAUAUAUUGUGAUUUAUAAAAAAUAUUGGUUCAGUUGAACCUAUUUUUUUGAGGAUUUGAUAAGUUUAUAGUUGAUAUUUUACAAGCAAAUUUUUAAGUUUUGAACAAUUUGACAUUGCAAUGGUUUGGUGAUCAAUUGCAGGUAUAAUCGGGGUUCAGUGAGUGAAAAAGAUAUUAUUAUCAAUGUGCGCACAAUGUACAGCUUAUGUAUUGACUGUUAACUGCAUAAGCACAUACGUAAUUUUUUUUCAUAAAGUGUUCAAUAAAUUGGUUUCUUUUUUACUAAGACAAUAAAAGGUUAAAGGUUUACCUUAAAAUUACAACAAAAGUUCAAACAAUUUUUAAAUCUUGUGAAAAUUAUUCAAAUUAUUGUGAAUAUACGCAUCAUUCUAUUUCGUUUUAUCAAGAAAUUAGUUAUACUGUAUAAUGUUAACACAAAUAUUGUAAAAAAAUCUUGAUUUUAUUAAGAAAAAAGACAAUUUGUUUACACGAAUUACUCUUUCUUUUCGUCUAUUAUUAAACAUGAGAAAUACUUCUUAUUAAAACAAAUUAGAAAUAUCGAAAAUUAUUUUUAUCUUCUGAAUUAUAAAAUUCCGUUUAAAAUUAUUAUUUUUUUUUUAGUUCUUUUGCAAAUAGCAGAGAUGUAAUACUUGCACAAAAUAUUUAUUUUGUUUUGUAUUGUUUUCAUGUUUAACCAGAAUAUGUAACAUUUGGACUCUCAUUUAUGUUUAUUGGGGGUUUCAAUAGAGUAUUUCUGAAACCCUUAAAGAAAUCAUUGAAAGUAUUCAAACAUGGGUUUUAUCAAAUUUUUUGUUAAUUAUUGAAACUUAUACAAAUAAAUAUUUAACCAAAAUAUGUAAUAAAAAAUGUAACAUUUGGACUCUCAUUUAUGUUUCAAAGAUACUAUAAUUAUGAAAAAUAUCCUGUUUUUCAAUCGAUAUAUUAUCAAUAUCAUUGCUAUUUGGUGGUCAUAGCUAUGAUUAUGCAGUUAUAUAUAAAAAACCGUUUUCAUAGGCUGUCUGAAACAAUUUUACAAUAGAGUCUGUUAAAAUGUUAUAUAGUACAAGGGACAUAACUAUUGUUUACGUGUAUGUCAUUACAUAACGUGAUUUUCUAAUGUCAAUAUUUACCAAUUAUUUCUCAACAUUUUCAAUUCUGAUAUUUUAAUAUUUUAGAGAGUUUAUUGGGGGUUUCAAUAGAGUAUUUCUGAAACCCUUAAAGAAACCAUUGUUAGUAUUCAAACAUGGGUUUUACAAUAAUUGUUUUUAAUUAUUGAAACUUAUACAAAUAAAUGUUUGGAAAUCAAUAUUUUCUGGCGUCCAACAUUGUUAAAUUUGAUGUAUGUUUCAUGUGCUUCUUUGUUAAAUGUUUGUUUGUUUUGAGAUUGUGACACAGUGAUGACUGUUGUACCCAAAUUUUGACAAUGUUACCUAUUAUGUCUGUUUUUGUUCACGAAUCGUUGUAAAUAAAAUGGAAUUUGAUGCGAUUGUCAUACAAGUGAGAGGUUUAGCGCUAUAAAACCAGGUUCAAUCCACCAUUUUCUACAUAAGAAAAUGCCUGUACCAAGUCAGGAAUAUGACAGUUGUUGUCUAUUCGUUUGAUGUGUUUUAUCAUUUGAUUUUGCCAUUUGAUUAGGGACUUUCCGUUUUGACCUUUCCUCGGAGUUCAGUAUUUUUGUGAUUUUACUUUUUAUCAAUAAGAAGUAAGGACAAACACAACAGACUGACGACGUUUUUUUUUUCAGCCGAUCCUUAGUCCCUCUUAACAAUCUAUUGUACACAAUAUAAUUAGAUUUCUUUUGAAUAUAUUUCAAAAUUGCAUCGUACAUAUCUUGAGACUGGUACAAUGUUGGUUUGUGCAGCAUUGUCAUUUCCGGGCAAUCUGAAACGUUAGAAAUUGAAUGUUAUCAAAUAAAUUAAUAUGCAUAUCCAGUUAUAAUGCUUCGUCUGUAAGCAUAUCUAUAAAAAUGAGAAGAUGUGGCAUUGCCAAUGAAACAACUCUCCACAAGAGACCUAAUGACACAGAAAUUAACAACUGUAUUGGUUACUGUACGGCCUUCAUUAAUGAGCAAAGCGCAUACAUAAUCUGGAAGUAAGGUAUUCAUGUUCGUGCUGCUCAGUCUUAAGUUUUUUAUGCAGCGCUUUGUAGGGUGUUUGUUGUAUUUUAGUCGUUUUCGUUUUUGCCAUGGUAUUGUUUUGUUUUUUUUUUCAACCAAUGACGUUUGAUUGUACUUAAGUAUUUCAUACUUCCAUUUAUUAUUUAUAUAAUAUUUGUCUGCGAUGAUAUAUAAUAGAUACUAGUAUUGUUUUAUAUAUGAAAUAUAAUAUAACAGAGUGCACAUAGAAUAUACACUUACUUGGUUAUGGUUUUUUGUUCAUAAUAGUUUCAUUUAGCACGUGUUUUAAAUAAAUAAAUCAUAUUAAUAUU